UACUUAUUUAUCAAUACAGAUUCUGUACCAGUGCGAAUCAAUCCUAAGUUUAACCACAGAAAAUAGAGAUUAUUAACAAAGGUAUGAGAGAGUGCUCAGAUCCUCACAGCUUAUUAAAGAGAACAGCUUGUUCUUAAUGUUGCUGAGGAAUCAGCUGCCUGUAAUCACUUCAGUGACUGAAGUUCUAUUGUGUCUCUAAGUGAGAGAUCCACGUCUGUCAGUGUGGAUGUGACUAUAUCGAUGUGGGGUAUUUUGUUACUGAGGAACAAACUGAUCAGCCAUUAAAGUAUAUAUACUUUUAUACUUUUUAUAUACUUUUUAAAUAUACUUUUUAUUUUUUAUAUAUUUUAUUAUAUAUAUAUAUUAUUUUUCUUUUUUUUAAAUUUUUUUAUAUACUUUUAUAGGCUGAAACUAAUAGUGUCUCUGUGAACAGACUUAAAGAACGGCCAUUUCUGUGUUUCUCUCGGAAUCUUUUGUGUGUUAACACAUGAGGAACCAGCUGUGUGUGUGUGUCAGCUCUUGUUGUAACUGUGCUGAUGGAUGUGAGUUCCUCGCACUGCCCAGGUCUGGUCAGCACUGCUCGGAUGUCUGGCAUUUAUAAGCGGGUAUUUUAACACUUUUCCGCGAUAUCUGUGCUACAAGUAGUGGCAGACUCAGCACAAUGGUGCUGGCAGCGCUCUGUGCUGUGCCCGGAUGCAGGCGGCGUUGUGCAGGACUCGGGUUCUGCGCACUCCCCGUUUCGUGUCGGCCGGUAGCGGAAGCGGGGCGCUGUGUUCCGGGUGUUCCGGUGGCGAUGCCGCUGGUGGUGCUGUGCGGGCCGCCGGGCAGCGGCAAGAGCCGGCGUGCGGCCGAGCUGCGGGACGCGCUGGGCGGAGCUGAGCGCCGGGCUCACGUCGUGUCCGAGGCGGGGGGCGGCCGGGCCGAGCUGCGGGCCGAGGUGGAGCGGCUGCUGAGCCGGCGCGACGUGGUGAUCGUGGACGCGAGCAACGAGCUGCGCAGCGUCCGCUACGAGCUGUACUGCGCGGCGCGGCAGGCGGGCACGGCGCGCUGCCUGCUGCUCUGCCACGGCCCCGCCGGGCCGCCGUUCGAGGCCCCGGACCCGCGGAACCGCUGGGACCGGCCGCUGUUCACCGUGCGCGGCGAUGACCCGCUGCCGCUGGCCGACAUCCGCGCCGCCAUCUUCGGCAGCGCCCCGCCGCCCCCGCACCGCGCCACGCGCUGCCAGCCCCUGCAGUCCGCGGAGUUCCUGCACCGCAUGGACCGCAGCACGCACGACGUGGUCAGCGCCAUCGUGGCCGCGCAGAGGGACGGGGCGCAGCCGGGAGACGUGGUGCGUGUGCCCGGCGUGGAGCAGGGGCUGGUGCUGCCGCGGGCCGUCGGCAUGGCCGAGCUGAGCCGGCUGCGCAGGCAGUUCAUCAGCUACACCAAGAUGCAGCACAGCGAUGAGAACAUGGCGCAGCUGGCCAGCAUGUUCCUGCAGUACCUGAGCCGCAGCAUCCAGUGACGGCGGCUCCUGACCGCUCUCCAAGUGCUCACAGCACCACAAGAAGCUGUGACCUCGUGUCACAUAGCGCAGCCCAUGGCAGUGCUGAGGAAGGCUCUCUCUGCCCGCUCUGCGUUCUACCUGUGUGUCUCUCAAAAGGGGCUUGUUGCAUCCCCACGCAGCUGAAGCCUCCUAUGGAGAUCUGCACCUCAGUACUAAAGCAAUUGAGAAUAAAUGCUGCAAAGUGAUGACCGUAAGGAGAACUCCUGCCCUCCUCAUUGCCAUGUCUGUGUCUUGAAUACAAAGACUGCUGCUCCAGGGCUGCCUCCAGAUACAUCACACUGCAGUGGGGGACUUCAGUUCCCAGUCUAGAGGAGGCUGUAUUUUUGGGACGUAACUGUUGUUAAGAAUCCUAUUGAACUCUACAAGCUCUGCACAAUAGCAGGGUGCUGGCUUAGGAAACUUAAACUUCUCAUUUCAAGUUCAUCAACAAAACACGUGCCUUAGAUGGAACAGUCCUAAUCUACCUGCAGGACUUUCAUUGAAACAACUUGCUUUGGCUUUUCUCUGCAAG